GAGAUGUUAUGGGCAAUGAUAAGGUUCUAUCUGCUUUCCAUUGCUUUAGUUUUUUGUGGAUAUACAGAUGGAUUUAAUGUGUGGAAUAGAACAUCCAUCCUUGAUUGGCAGGCUGGACGUUCUAAUGUCACAUGGAGCCAAAAUUUUCAACUUGCUACACCUGGUCAACUUGAGCUACCUUCCAGAAAAGGUCCAAAUGGAAAUGAUGGCAGUGGAAACUUUGGAAAUGCUGUGCUUACUUCGGAAGUCCAACCUGCUCAACGUGACUCUAGUUUUGUUCAGUCUUCUGGUGGUGUUGCUCAUAUCAAACAAAUACUAAAUACUUAUGGUCAAGCUGCUCCCAGCCACCAGUCUAAUGAUUCAUCUCAGUCUUCAGGAUUUUAUUGGAAUGGGUUUAUCAAGCCUGGUAACUGUGGCCAUUUGCCAUCUCAGCAUUGGCCAGAAGAAAAUCUGCCUGGAUUUCAAAGUCCAUCCUCUUCCCAAGUGCUAGGAUUUCAGACCCAGUUAUACCAACCUAGCUCCCCAACACAAUUAUCUGCAGGCCAGUCUGCUUCUGCCUUUCAGGCACAGGUUCCAAGUGCUUCAACACCGUAUCAAGCUUUAAGCUGGCAUGUUUCACAAGACCAAAGCGUUCCCUCCUCCCAGUCUGUAGUCGCAACAAACCCGACCCAGUCAUACCAGCCCAACAUCCCAACACAGGUUUUGGCAGGCCAGUCUGCUUUGCCGUCUCAGUCUAUGGGUGCUUUAAAUUUGUAUCAAGGUCUAACUUCUGGCAGGUAUCUGGCUUCUCUGGGUCAGGGCAUUCCACACUCCCCCGAGUCUGUGGCCACCACAAACCAAAUAUCUGGAUUCCAGAACACUUACUGGCCUAACACACCAGUUUCUUCAAGCCAGACUAUCUCUCUUCCUCAGAGCUCAAGUGCUUCACAGCUGUUUCAAGGGCAAACCUCAGGCAUGUCCAGCAUUUCACAGGACCAGGGCAUUCCAUCCUCCCCCCAGUCUAUCGACACCUCCAGCCAGAUAAUUUCAUCACAAACCCAGUCAUCCUUCCAGCCUAGCACCACAACACAGCUUUUGUUGGGCCAGUCUGAUUUGCCAUCUCAGCCUAUAGGUGGUUCAUCUUUGUAUCAAGGUCUAACUUCUGGCAGGUAUCUGGCUUUGCUUGGUCAGAGCAUUCCAUCCUCUCAGUCUGUGGUCCCCACAAGCCAGAUAACUGAUGCUCAGGCCCAAUCUUUGCAGCCUAGCACCACAACACAGGCUUUGACAGGACAGUCUGCUAUUUCUCAGGAUCAAUCCUUGCAGGCUUUGGCUGCCUAUCCAGUUCAGGCAUCUGCCUGGUACACAACUUCACAGGGUCGGAUUCCUUCACAAGUCUCUGGAUUCCAGGCUCAGUCAUACCAGCCAAGCACUGCAACACAGUUCUUACCUGGUCAAUCUGCUUCUCCUGUUCAGUCUAUGGGUGCUUCAACAUUGUAUCAAGCUCUAACUUCUGGCAGGUAUCUUGCUUCACCAGGUCAGGGUGUUCCAUCCUCUCAGUCUGUGGUCACCACAAGCCAGGUCACUGAUGCUCAGGCCCAAUCUUUCCAACCUAGCACUACAGCACAAGUUUUGUCAGGCCAGUCUGCUGCUCAGGAUCAAUCCGUUCAAUCUUCAAAUCUACCCCAGACCUCUGGCUGGUACACCAUUUUACUGGGUAAGAUGAUUCCAUCUUCCCAAGUUUCUGGAGUCCAGACAGGCUUGGUAAUUCCCUUUAGCUCAACACAGGGUUUGCCAGGACCAUCUGCUUCUACUGCCCCAUUGCAGCCCUUGGAUGCUUUACCACAGUAUCAAAUGCAAGGCUCCAGCAGGACACCAUACUGGGCUAACAGAACAUGGACUACAGCAAGCCAGUCUGAUUCUAUGUCUCGGUCUCAAGGCAGCUAUGUGACUGAAUCUUCAGGGAAUAAUAAAUGGUACAGUGUUUUACAGGGUCAGAUAAUGCCAUCCUCUUCUGGGUUGCAGGUGCAACCAUUCCAGCCAAGUACUGCAACACAGGUUUUAUCUGGUCAAUCUGCUUCUGUUCAAUCUACGGGUGAUUCAACACUGUAUCAAGGUCUAACUUCUGGCAGGUAUCUGGCUUCUCUGGGUCAGGGCAUUCCACCCUCCCCCCAGCCUGUGGCCACCACAAACCAAAUAUCUGGAUUCCAGAACACUUACUGGCCUAACACACCAGUUUCUUCAAGCCAGACGAUCUCUCUUCCCCAAAGCUCAAGUGCUUCACAGCUGUUUCAAGGGCAAACCUCAGGCAUGUCCAGCAUUUCACAAGACCAGAGCAUUCCAUCCUCCUCCCAGUCUAUGGACACCUCAAGCCAGAUAACUUCAUCACAAACCCAGUCAUCAUUUCAGCCUAGCACCACAACUCAGGUUUUGACAGAGCAGUCUGCUCUUGCUCCAUCUCAAUCCUUGGGAAAUUCACCUUUGUGUUCAAGUCCGACACCUGGUUGGUACACCACUUUGUUGGGUAAGAUGAUUCCAUACUCUCAAAUGUCUGCUUUUCAGACUGCGUUACAACAGCCUAGCUCCACAAGUCGGCCUGCUGCAUCUCAGGCUCAGUCCAUGGGUGACUCACCACUUUAUCAAGGUCUAACCUCUAACAUCAAUCUGACAUCACAGUACCAAAGAACCCCAUCCUCCUUUCAGUCUGUUGCUGCCCUGAAUCAAAUAUCUGGAAUUCAGAACCAGACAUCAUACUGGCCAAGUGCAAUGUGGGUUUUGCCAGGAGAUACUCGUAUUGCUCAGAUUCAGUCCUUGGGAAAUCCAGUUUCAUAUCCAAGUCAAACCUCUGCCUGGAACACCUUUUUGCAGAGUAAGAUUCCAUCUUCCCAAGUGUCUGGAUUCCAGGUCCCAUCAUUAUACCAGCCUAGCACAACACAGAUUUUGGCAGGCCAGUCUGACUCUACUGCUCUUUUGCCAUCCUUGGGUCCUGUGCUGUAUCAAGGGCAAGCCUUAAGCAGGUACAAUUCACAGGAUCAAAGCUUUCCAUCAUACUUCCCAUCUGUGGCUACAAACCAGAUAUCUGGAGCUCUGUCCCAGCCAUCAUUUCAGCCCAGUUCCACAACAGUGGCUUCUGCAAGCGAGCUUUCACCUUCUCAAGCUCAGUCCUCAAGUGCUUCAGCAUGGUACCAGGGUCCAACCUUUGGGUCUCUGGCAGCACAGAGCCAGAACAUUCCAUCCUCUUCUCAGUCUGUAGUCCCCACAAACCAAUUUUCCAGAUUCCAGAACCUGAUGUUUCAACCCAAUACAGCACAGGCUUGGAAUCAGUCUGGUUCUACCCCUCAAGGUGCCCCACAAAAAAUUGCAGGUAUUACUCUCCAGGGUACUUUACCCCAGUUAAGCAGCUAUGGCAAGAAGUGGCCAGUAACCCAGUGAACUUUGAUUAAGGUGCUUUUUGUUGCCUUAAUGCUUUGUCUGAAUAUUUCUUAAUAAAUGGAGUGCAUAUUUUGA